UCUAUACUGUGUACCUACGUACUAAAACCUGUCAAGGUGCAAUAAUAACUCUAUAUUAUACUAAAAUGCUUUUCUAAACGUAUUUUAUAUACAUUUCAUACUUGCUUUUAGUGUUACAUCUAACCUUCUUUCGUCAAUUUCGUUUCUGUUCGACCGAGAGUGUUUUGUUCGAAUCCAAAUGCAGUGCAAUUGAUUAACAAUUUCCCAUUGAGUGGACUGUUCGUGUGAAUAAUUAAAGAAACUGUUUCAUUGAAGUGUAGAAGGCGAUACAUCAACAGUCGUCAAUGCGAAGCGGGGCGCUCGCGGCAAUGGAGGCGGAGCCAGACCUCAGUACCUUCGAGAACAAGUCGGGGCUAGCUGAGGACAUGAAGUUCCUCGCCUCGAUGCCUGAGCUGUGUGACGUCACAUUCCUGGUGGGAGACACCAGGGAGCCAGUGUGUGCUGUUAAAGCGGUACUGGCAGCUAGGAGCAGGGUAUUCCAGAAGAUGCUCUACCAAGCUCCUAGUCCUCAACGCAAGAAGGAACCAGCACCAAGGGAGAAUAAACUCCGGCUUUUUCUUAAAAGAUCAUCGGAACCUUUGCUCAACCUCCAAAAUGCCGCACAGCAGCCAUCUUCGCAACAGCACCAGACGUUGAUCAUUGAAGAGUUUGAGCCGGAUGUGUUCCGUCAGCUGAUCGAGUACAUCCACACGGGAUGCGUGACUCUACAACCUCGGACUUUGCUUGGUGUUAUGAACGCAGCUGACUACUACGGCCUCGACGAGCUUCGCCGCGCAUGCGCCGGCUUUGUCCAGUGCUGCAUCACUGUGGACACCGUCUGCGCACUCCUCGCUUCGGCCGAGAGAUACAUACAGUAUAAGUGCACCAAGUCUCUUGUACAGAAGGUCCUGGAGUUUGUAGAUGAGCACGGUAAUGAAGUAUUGAACCUUGGAUCUUUCACGCUGCUGCCUCAACAUGUAGUCAGACUAAUACUAGCUAGAGACGAACUGCGAGCUGAUGAGUUCACUAAAUUCCAGGCGGCGCUCAUGUGGAGCAAGAAAUACUGUGAUACGAACCAGAAUAUGAACCUAAAGGAGGUCAUCGGCAACUUCUUGGAGUACAUCCAAUUUCACAAGAUCCCCGCCAACGUGCUCAUGAGGGAGGUCCACCCGCUGGGCUUGGUGCCCUACUCCAUCAUCAUGAACGCUCUCGCUUACCAGGCAGACCCGGCCAGCGUAGAUCCAGGCAAACUCUCUCCGGCGCGAGUCCGACGCGCCGGCCGCUCAAUGUCCGUGCAGUCUUCGCUCGAUCCCUAUGGUUCCAACACCACCCUCUCCUCCACCGGCUCGAGCGAUGUUCCGUCGUCAGACUCUCGGCACAACUAACGCGAGGGGAACCUCCCCCGUCCCGCACCCGAACCUACCCCUGGCCCUUCCUCAGCUCCUGUCGCUCCUAUUCCUGCCCCCCCAACGGACAAGCCGCCGGAGAAACUCGGACUUUUCUCCUCCAUUAAGCGUGCUGCCAGUAAAAAGUUCGGUGAUAGACGUUCCCCGACACCGAAAACGAGGGAACCCCGAUCAAAAUCGGAUUCCAUAAAGCACGCAGCUCUAACGAGACAAGUCUCUGAGACGGUGGCAGCGUCAGGAGACCCAACGUUCGAGCGAUGUAGACCGAGGAAGCGUGAUAGUGAAACAGAGUUUCCCGUGCGAAAGUCCACUUCAGAGUUAUCUGAGAGUUUUCCAUUUGUUAGGCGUGCGCUAGCUGAGAUAGAAAAUGGGCUAAAUUACUUCAGGAGGUCAAUUGCUUCAGAUACUACUGAACCAAAACCUCAAUUAUUGAGAACUGAGCCAGUGGUUGUGGUUGCGGCAGCGGAGGAUGAUGAGGUACCGAUCUCUCCGCCUCCCCCUAUGGGAUUGAAGGAGCGUCGAGGUUCACGUGGAUCUCCUUGUGCUAAUCUGCCUCCGUUAAUGUUGCCCCCGGCUACCCCGGAACCAUCACCUGGACGAUUGUCUCCGAAUAGACUAUCGCCUCAAAGGCCAUUGGCACCUAAAUCAGCUCCUGUAGUACAGACACUACCGCAGCCUCGUCGUACGAGGACCCGAUCUGAGAUGCCGCCGGAACCUCCUCCGCGGUCACCUCAGACCCCACGCCCGGCGUCAGUCUCUCCAAAACAUACUUUUGCAUUCAAAAUCGUACUGAAAAAAGUGGAGAGCACGCCGAAUACAUCAUUUGAUAAGCCAGACCAAUGAGAGUACCUCCUCUAAGCGCGGCCGUUGUUACACGGUGGGGUACUCGAGGUAAAGACGCGCUUUUCUCCAUUUUCUAGAACAGCUAGCAUAGAUUAGUUAGCGGCGAAUGCACAAAGGCUCGCCAAAGGAUAUUGUAUUAACAAAUCAAUGACGCUUCGGAAAAUUCUUUGUAUCUUAUGAAUUGAGGGGCUGGUCCUCUGGCUACAACGUAUCGAAACUGUGACGAACUUACGAUUGUAUAUUAUAAUGAGACUAUUGAAAUUUAUAUGGUUCUUAUACUUGUUGUUAACACUACACGAUGAAGAUUUACUGAUGAGUGUACAAGUGGUGUGUAAAACUUCGUGUGAAGAUAAUAUUUUGUGUGAUAAUAAUGAUGUAUGUUUAUAAUAAUAAUUAUCUAAAUAUUAAAAGAACUGGUUGCUGUGUAUUUUGAUAUACGUCAACCUGAUGAUAAUGAUUCCCUAUUUUACGAGUAUCAUGAAUGUGUAUCAUAUCUCUUAACAUUUGUCUGACGAAUGACUUCUUGACUAUGCUAUGCAUGUACUUUUAUACGAUCAAAGACACGGGAAAUGAACAGUUUAUAUGUAUUUUCGAUGUUAUACAAAUUGUCUGACGUAAAAGUAUUUUUAUAAUAUUGUAUAUAAAUGAAGAUGUUUGUUGUUACUUCGAUAGCAGGUUAAAAAUAGUAAUAUAAAUUUCAUUUUAACACUUUUACCAUUACUGAAAGAUACAUAUCCAAAAUAUUUAACAGUUUUCAACACAGUGAUUUUCAAAACGGCUAUUCUUUCCAGGAACAGUAUUGAGAGAGUAUUUAUAACGUAGCCGGUGAAUUUAGCGAAUUUCAGAACACCGGUUAUAUAAAAAAGAUUUAAGAAAUCAAGUACGUAUAAAUACUUUUUCGAUGCUGUGCCUCUCUGGGGCUUUUGUGAAAAAGCGCGUAAUUGUUCAAUUUCAAAUAUUUUAAAGACGUAUUUUACUCAUACACAUACAAAUCUUUGAAGACAUUUUUUUUCAAGUUCAAAUAUUUUAAUCGACUAUGUAUUCAAAGACAUAUAAUGGCACAAUAGUUGUUGUGAUUUGUGUGAAUUGAUAAUUGUCUUGUAUGAACCCUUUACAGAUAGAUAAAUCCAUUGAAUUCUGGCUUUUCAUUAUUAUAUCAACAAUUUUUCUUGACCUGAAUUAUUUUAUCACUUUAUGCAAAAUAUUUAGGUAGAGUAAAUGCUUGAAUGCAUCCUCUACUGGUAGAAAUAUAGGGCAUGGUUUUUAUUUGCGUUCAGUAUAAGUUGAAAAUGAAAAUAUGGUUUUCGAAAAACUUCUUUUGUAACUGUUUUACCUGAAAUAUAAUUUAAAACAGCCAGAAUUAUAGUAUAAAAUGUGUCGUUAAAUAAACAUACCGGUGUGUUAUUUUCCCUUUAUCAAAUUAAUGUAUAGAUAGGUAAUUCAUGUUUUUUAAACAAUUCUAAAUCAGUGUUCUGUAUUAUGUAAGUGAUGUAUUCAGUCGCCUAUAGUGUCCGAUUACGUUUUAAGUAAUAAUUAAAAUACCAAAGAAGAUAAAGUUCAUUACAUUUAAUUUUAUAAAGUAACUAUUUGUUUUAUGGGGCUUUGCUGUGCAGGUUGUGCUCACUUUGAAGCAAAAUACUACAGCUCAAUUCACGCCUUUCCAUUAAAAAAUACUUCAAAUAUCUCUAAAACGCAGGUCUGGGUUUAAUUCCUGUAUACACAACUCAGUAUGAAGAGAUGAACAAUAAUGGGGGCUAUGUAAUUUUACUAAGGCUACGAAAACGUAGCACUAAAGUAUUCGUAGCGCUACGAAGCUACGGCGUAGCACAAAGGUAUAAGUUGUUACACUUCAACUUACUUUUGAGUACUUAGUUGGACACUAUAAGCUAAAGUAAUUAAGUUAUGCCAUAUCGAUGUCGACUGGAGCUGUACCAAGCUGGUUGUUGUACGAAUAUUGUGUUUUUUCUAAAUAAUAUUAUUAUGUAAAUAAUAAAAAUGUGGUCAAGAAAAUGUUCUUGCUAUA